GGGGGUGGGCGAGAGAUUCGAGGAAAGCGCCCCGUUUUCCUCUCGGGGCUGGACGGAAGGGGCUCCCCAUCCCCUCUGAGGCCGCUUUGCAAAAGCGCCGACUACAUCUCCCAUCACCCCUCGCUCACGGCCGUGCGUGCUGGGAAUUGUAGUCCAAAAAUUAAAGAAGCACAUUCGCAAGGACUAACGGGUUUCCAGGACAAGCCUUUCCAGGCUGCUUAAAAGGGCUUCCUCUCAGGUGUGAGCUACGCAAGAUGCCAGUCAGCGUGAACGACGUCAUGCAGCUCCUAUGCCAUGUGUCUGAAGAGCGGAAAAUGAGGGCGGCCUUCAAGCAUUCAGGGCGAGGAGCAAUGGUGGCUGGGGCAACUGCUUUCUUGGGAGGCUUGGUGGGCGGCCCGCCUGGCAUAGCCGUCGGGGGCGCUGUUGGGGGCUUGCUUGGUGCCUGGAUGACCUCUGGGCAGUUUCAGCCCAUCCCUCAGAUCAUCCUGGAACUGCCUCCCGUGGAGCAGCAGCGGCUGUACGACAACGCCUACGCCAUCAUUGGGAAUUUAGACUGGACCGAUACAGCGCAGCUCAUAGCCCUGGUCAUGGGCAACAGAGCCAUCCAAGACCAGCUGCUUUGCAUGCUGACGAGCUACAUCUCCAACGAGCUUAGAGCCGAAAUCAAGUAUGAAAACUAGUGUCUGAUGUGAAAUUGAGUGUGCUUAAGAAGACUUCUCCCCCCCCCCCUUUUUUUUGGUAACAUGGAGAAAAUCCUAAAUCUGUUUGGAUCAAUGAUUUUCCCAUUGCAACUGGAGAUUGUGACACUCUUAUCUUCUGUUCUUCAAACCAAUCUCAGAAUAGUGUUUCCAGUGGUUUGAUGAGCCUCUGCCUUUCUAUAUCGUUAUCAUCGCUCUGGCUGCUGUGGAUACCUCAGUUUCAGGCCUCGUGUCGACUCGCGAGAGCACAUGUAUGCGCACAUAGAGAAUUAUGUUCACUGGAAGUUGACCACUUGAGGCUACUAGGACCAGCAAGUGCCUGCGGCAGUCCUGCCCUGUGGUAGCUGGUUGUGUGUGUGUGUGUGUGUGUGUGUGUGUGUGUGUGUGUGGCAGUGUAGUGCUUACCUAUCUAGCGUCCUAACUGAAUAAUGCUGACAAAAGGGAUCAUCCUGGUUUAGAUGUCUCUGGUUAAAUGGAGCUCACAGCAGAAUUCUGUUGGCUUGAAUGAAGCUCACUGUUAUUAUGGGCUAGGCCAUUCACACUGCGCAGUGAAACACUUUGCCGUGUAAGCUGGGUACAUCAGAGACAUCCCCAGAAGUCCGAAUCCACGGACCCAUCCACACAUGGGGGGGAAACUGGCAACCCUCCCAUUUGUUCUAUGGCACAGAGCACCUUCUUUGGUAAUGCUUCUUUGGUAACUAGCUAGCCAAGGCCAUUACCUUAAUAUAGGCGUUCGGCAAGCUUGCUCCCUUAUACUUUCAACCCACACAGAUACAGGAUCCUAAGAACUGGAAGGGGCUCAGGGCAUCAUCCAGAGUGACCCCACCCCACCCUACACCCACAACAACGGCUACCUGUUCUUCAUCAGCAUCUCACAUUGAUGCUGAAGGUGCUACUCUGCCACUAUGAGUAGUAGCUAUUGAUACCCCUCCAUUAAUUUAUCUAAUUCUUUUUUUUUAAUGGUCAUUGUUACAUCUCAUGGAAGUGAGUUCCACAGAUUAACUAGUUGCUAUCUAGAAGGGACGCGGGUGGCGCUGUGGGUUAAACCACAGAGCCUAGGACUUGUCGAUCAGAAGGUUGGCUGUUCGAAUCCCCGCGACGGGGUGAGCUCCCGUUGCUCGGUCCCUGCUCCUGCCAACCUAGCAGUUCGAAAGCACGUCAAAGUGCAAGUAGAUAAAUAGGUACCGCUCCGGCGGGAAGGUAAACGGCGUUUCCAUGUGCUGCUCUGGUUCGCCAGAAGUGGCUUAGUCAUGCUGGCCACAUGAUCCGAAAGCUGUACGCCGGCUCCCUUGGCCAAUAAAGCGAGAUGCGCGCCGCAACCCCAGAGUCAGUCAUGACUGGACCUAAUGGUCAGGGGCUCCCUUUAUCUGGAAGGGGGGGGGACCCAUUUUCUUUUGUCUACCCUGAAUUUUCCAAUGUUCAUGUAUUUCAUAAAAUUUAUAUACCGCUUGAUUGUAAAACCUCAAAGUGGUUUACAAAAAUAUUUUUAAAAACCAAGUAAAAAUUACAACAAUACUUUAAAGCGUAAAUUCAUCUCUGCUUUCUAAGCAUCUGGGUAGGGUUGUCUAAAUAAAUUAUUAUUUUUUAAGCAGGCACCGAAUA